UUCCCCUCAUCCCAAUUUCCAUACUCCGAAGUAAUCCCAUGAAAAUAAAAAGUAAAAUCUGAUUUUCCAACCCUGCAAAUCAAAAAGCCAGCUGCAGCCUGCAGGCUUAAUUUUCUUUUUUGCGCCAUCAAGAAUUCAUGAAGAAAUCAGGAAUUGUAGCAGCUUCCAUGGCUGCAGCUUCUGCAUCAGCUUACUCUGUUUCUUCCUCCUCUUCACCCAAGACCAACAUCCCUCAUGAGGAUCUUAAUGUUUCGAGCAAGAAAAAAGAGAAGAAAUCUGCAUCACAAACAACAACUUCUUCAGAUAAAUUUGCGCCAAGGUUUGAUGGGUUGAGGUUCAUAGAGACUCUGGUUACUGCUCACAGAUAAAAAGAAGCCCUGAUUCCAAUCCAUUUCUAACUUGAAUUCUUGAAAAACCAUGGGUAUUAGUAUGAUGUUUUUCGGAAUCACAGCAUAGAUAAUGGGAAGAAAAACAGAACAACUCUCUGUUUCUUCUUUCUCUUCCCUUUUUUUUUGGGUGGGGCUGACUAUGAAGGAAAAAGAAAACAAAAAUUGAUGGUUUCUUUGUUAAGGUUUUGUUGCAACUGGUGGGCUUUUCUCAUGAUAUUGCUGUCUCUGCUUGUAUUGUAAUCAGCUAGUUCUGGCAAAUUGAUUGAAAUAUUAGUAAUAUUGCCCCAUUUAUACUUUCUCUUUUCUUCAA